AUGGAAUCAAUUUUGGCGCGAGCUUUAGAGUAUACGCUAAAGUACUGGCUGAAAUCAUUCAGCAGAGAUCAGUUCAAAUGGCAGGGGCGAACGGUACUGCUUUCCAAUUUAGAUUUAAAUGGAGAUGCAUUACAUGCAAGUCUUGGAUUACCGCCGGCGCUGAAUGUCACCACUGCGAAAGUUGGAAAAUUUGAGAUUAUUCUUCCUUCAGUGAGCAACGUACAACUGGAGCCAAUUGUGGUGCAAAUUGACAGACUCGACUUAGUUUUGGAGGAAAGUGAUGAUCUAGAUGCAUCUAGGAGCUCGAGCAGCGCUUCAUCGUCUACUAGCACUGCAAAGGGUAGUGGGUAUGGAUUUGCAGACAAGAUUGCAGAUGGAAUGACUGUACAAGUUCGCACUGUAAAUCUUUUACUUGAAACUCAUGGUGGUGUUCGAGGCCGAGGAGGAGCAACUUGGGCAUCUCCUAUGGCAUCCAUCACUAUUCGUAAUCUUUUACUCUAUACAACAAAUGAAAGCUGGGAGGUUGUUGAUCUCAAGGAAGCAAGGGACUUUUCAAUUGACAAGAAGUUCAUAUAUGUUUUCAAAAAACUUGAGUGGGAACAUUUGUCUAUUGACCUCCUCCCUCAUCCCGAUAUGUUUUCGGACGCCAAUUUUGAAUUCUCUCAGGAAGGGUCUAAUAGGAAAGAUGAAGAUGGUGCAAAGCGAGUAUUCUUUGGUGGAGAACGAUUCCUUGAAGGAAUAUCAGGAGAGGCUUAUAUCACACUACAAAGGACAGAACUAAAUUCUCCACUUGGGCUUGAAGUGCAAUUGCAUAUUCCAGAAGCUGUUUGUCCUGCUUUAAGUGAACCAGGAUUACGGGCUCUUCUCCGCUUCUUCACAGGAUUGUAUGUCUGUUUAAAUCGAGGAGAUGUUAAUCCAAAUGAUCAACAACAUUCUAGAGAAGCAGCUGGACGUUCUUUAGUCUCUAUAAUUGUGGAUCACAUAUUUCUCUGCAUAAAGGAUGCUGAGUUCCAGUUAGAACUGUUGAUGCAAUCACUAUUCUUUUCUCGGGCAAGCGUAUCUGAUGGAGAAGAUGCCAAAUUGUUGACUCGGGUUAUGAUAGGAGGAUUAUUUUUGAGAGAUACAUUUUCACGUCCUCCAUGCACCUUAGUACAACCAUCGAUGCUGACUACUGCUGCUGAUAUCACUGACGUCCCUGACUUUGGCGAGGACUUCUGUCCUCCAAUAUAUCCUCUGGGAGACCAACGGUGGCAACUAAGUGGUGGCGUGCCUCUGAUAAGUCUAAAUUCUCUACAGCUCUUACCCCCGCCGAGCCCACCAACUUUUGCUUCCAGAACAGUUAUAGACUGUCAGCCACUUAUGAUUCAUCUUCAGGAAGAAUCCUGUCUGAGGAUAUCAUCCUUCUUGGCUGAUGGAAUAGUUGUCAAACCUGGUGCUGUUUUGCCAGAUUUUUCAAUUAAUUCCUUCUUGUUCAAUCUUAAAGGUUUAGAUGUUACAGUCCCUCUGGUAAUAGGAAAACCAUGCCAUACUGCUAGAAGUUGCAACAUGCCUUUUCAAAGUUCCUUUGCUGGGGCAAGGCUUCAUAUUGAAGAUCUCAUGUUCUCUGAGUCGCCAUCACUAAAAUUGAGGGUGCUAAACCUUGAUAAAGAUGCUGCAUGCUUCUGUCUUUGGAAAGGCCAACCCAUUGACGCUAGCCAGAAAAAAUUGUCUGCUGCAGCUUCUCUCAUUAGUUUGUCGUUGGAGACCUGCAAUGACUCAACUGGUGGGGGAAGUUCUCUCAUGGAAUCUUCAGGUUUAUGGAGAUGUGUUGAGAUGAAAGACUUGUGUCUUGAGGUAGCAAUGGUGACUGCAGAUGGAAGUCCUUUAACAAAUGUCCCACCUCCAGGAGGGCUUGUUAGAGUAGGGAUUGCUUGUCAACAAUACUUGUCAAGCACAUCACUUGAGCAAUUAUUCUUUAUUUUAGAUCUCUAUGCUUAUUUUGGUAGAGUCAGCGAAAAGAUAGCCAAAGUAGGGAAAAACAACCACUUAAAGGAAGCAAGAAACGAGUCUGCGAGUGGACCUCUUGUGGAUAAGGUUCCUGGUGAUACUGCUGUCAGUCUAGCUGUGAAGGAUCUUCUACUAAGGUUUAUGGAGUCUUCUUCUCUUGGCAUUCAGGAAAUGCCUCUAGUGCGCUUUACAGGUGAAGAUUUAUUUAUCAAAGUCACGCAUAGAAGUCUGGGAGGUGCCAUGGCAGUUUCAUCCAGUCUACAAUGGGAUAGUGUUGAGGUGGAUUGUGCAGACACUAGGAAUAACCUUGGAAAUGAGAACGACUCCUACUUAACGCCUUCUAGAAAUAGUCAUCUAAACGGAAAUGGAUGUCCUCAGUUAAGGGCUGUCUUUUGGGUGCAAAAUAGAAGAAUCUCUAAAUCCAACGGUGAUUCUUCCCUGGUACCCUUUUUGGACAUAGCCACGGUGCAUGUGAUUCCAUAUAGUGCACAAGAUAUUGAGUGUCACAGUUUAAAUGUGUCAGCUUGUGUUGCUGGUGUUCGUCUUGGUGGAGGAAUGAAUUAUACUGAAGCUUUGCUUCAUAGGUUUGGGAUUCUUGGGCCAGAUGGUGGUCCAGGGGAGGGUCUUACUAAAGGGUUAGAGCAUUUAUCUGGAGGACCUUUAGCAAAGCUUUUCAAGCCAUCACCUCUGAUUAUUGAUGGGCACAGAGAGAAUGGAAGUUCAGAAGAUGGAAAGGACAGCAGCCUCUUGCACUUGGGCGCACCUGAUGAUGUGGACGUGUCAAUAGAAUUGAAGGAUUGGCUAUUUGCUCUUGAAGGUGCUCAGGAGAUGGAAGAUAGGUGGCACUUUCAUGAUUCUGAAGAUUCUUCCAGAGAAAACAGGAGCUGGCACACAACAUUUCAGAGUAUGCACAUCAAAGCUAAAAGCAGCCCGAAGCUUGUUAUGGAUGGAAAAGCAAAACCACGUGGAAAACAGAAGUAUCCCGUCGAGUUGGUUACUGUUGGCAUGGAAGGUUUGCAGAUCUUAAAACCUAUGGCUCGGAAGGAGAUCCUGCAUGAUGGUAUUUUUGAAGAGGGUACUUUGCAGAAUGGUUUGCCUGAAAAAGAAAAACGUACUUUUGACAAAUACGGUGGCGUAAACGUGGGAGUUGACAUAGUGACUUGUGAAGAAGAUGAUGACGUUGACGAUGCAAUGGCAAAGUGGGCAGUGGAAAAUUUGAAAUUUUCUGUUGAUCAGCCGAUUGAGGCCAUUGUUACAAAGGAUGAGCUGCAAUAUCUCGCUGUACUCUGCAAGUCUGAGGUGGAUUCUAUGGGUAGAAUAGCUGCUGGUGUCCUGCGGAUUCUCAAAUUAGAAGGAUCCAUCGGCUCAGCAGCAAUCAAUCAGCUAAGUAAUUUAGGAACCGAAAGCUUUGACAAGAUUUUCACUCCAGAGAAGUUAAGCAGGGGCAGUAGCGCCAGCAGUGUGGGGCUUAGUCCAUCGGCCAACUUGACCGGAGUAAGUAGGAAUUCACGUUUGGAAUCGACAGUGGCUUCUCUAGAGGAGGGUCGGGAAUGGUCUCCUGGACUAAACAAGGAUUGUGCAUUCUUAUCUUCAAUCUUUGUCGUUGAUUCAAAAUUGUCAAAACUUCGAUUAUAUGAGGCAUAUAUCAUUCGACGUUGUAGUAUUGAAAAUGAUCUCCUGUAUUGA